UAAUUUGACAGAUGACUUAUUUGAAAUAAUACGAUACGAAAAAAUUUAUAUCCGAUUUAACGUUUAGUUUUAGAUUUCAAUCCAAUUUAUACAGAACAACUUUAGUACAUUUUUUUAUGAUCUUAUUAAUAGGAAUUAUUUUUAUUUAAUCUAUAUGUAUGCAGCAUAAUUAAAAACAAAAUGUAAAUAUAUUGCUAGUUGCAAAAUGAAUAUAAAGCAAGAUUUGUUUUAUUGAGAAGAUAGCUAUCGAACAUUGUAAUAUCAUGUAUAAAUCUUUAGAUCGCUUGCAUGGUUUUUUCCUAGAAAAAAAUAUAAAAACCAUUGAUACUGUAAGUUUAGAUAUAAUUGAUAAAGAGUUUAUUGAAGAAGUUAGAAAUCUGCCCGAGGACAUAUCAUUGUCAUUUGGUAGAAGUCUUCGAGAAUUGAAAUGCUCUGUACAAGAUUAUGAAAUUCAAAGAGUCCAUGAAAUAUUUUUGAAAUAUAAUGGCCUUCAUAAACUGAGUAUUUCUGGAGUGAAUCUUCCUCAGUCCCAAUUGCAAGAAUGUGAAUAUUCUUCAAUUGAAGAGGUUGUACUUGCCUUUCGUCAAUACAUCAAUAGCUUAAGUUCAUAUUUUCAUGAACUGGAAAGUAUAGACACAUCAUUUACUGUGAUGGAACCUAUCAAUCCUACCUUUAAAGAUGAUUACAGAAGAAUAUUACUUGAUGAAAGAACAUGGUUGCAUGUUGAAGUAACUACUAAUGGUUCAGCAACUAAUAUUCAUCUUGUUGGUCAGUCGGAACACUGGCAUGAAAAACUACAAGCUGGUCUGUUAGCUUGGGAUCAUGAUAAAAACAUUGUAAAUAACAUUACAGACAUAUUUGAUUUGAUGAAAUCUUCACCUAUUGUCAAGCAAUUUGACAAUAUAGAAACAAUAAACGAUAACAAAGUAGAAGUUCCCUCAUGUGCCAUAUGCUUUUGUGUUGAAUUACCAGACAAUCCAGGAGUACCACAACCAGUAUGUCAGAAUCCUAAGUGUGGAGUUUACUACCAUAAAAGUUGUUUAUUUCAGUGGCUUGUUGCUUGUGAGGGAGGUCGCCUGCCUGCAUUUGGUGUUGCAAAUGGCAGUUGCCCAACCUGUCUUCAACCUAUAACAUGCAGUGAAAAAGACAACUAGCUUAAGCCUUAUAUCCUAAAUUAUUAGUAUCCGACAACUUCGACCGAACCUUCGGUUAAAAUGGGCUGAACUUUUGGCCAAGGGUUUUAAUAGUAAGCACCGAGAUUGAACGAACUGUUACAAUUGUGCGAGAGCGCAAUUGAAGAGCCGAUGCCCAAAAUUUUAACUUUUUAUAAUUAUAUUGUAAUUACUUCUAUUUUUAAUUUGAUUAAUUUUCCGAAAAUGCGCAUUUAAUUGACUAAGUUUAAAAGUGUUUAUUUUAUUUUCACAUUACUUGAGAAAAAAUAAAACUUUUUUAAAUUACUUUUAAAUAAAAAAUAUAAUAUAUUUGACAUUA